AUGGAAACUGCUGCAUACGAUUUUUCGAUGGCUGAUUGGUCAGAACUUCAACAUGAUCUGCUUGUUCUAAUUGCUAGGCGUUUGAAUCUCAUCGAAGACUAUCUCAAUUUUAGGAAUGUCUGCAAAUCCUGGCACUUUGUAUCCACCAAGGACAAUUUCAACAGUUACCUUUCUAGAUUUCCUUGGUUGAUGCCAGCGGAGGAAGAGGAAGACGGAAUUUCCAUUCGGAAAUUCUUCAGCCUCUAUAAUGGCAUGAUUUUGAACAAGAGGAUUCCAAAAGCCCGCAGAAAACGGUGUAUGGAAUCUAUGGGUUGGCUUAUCAUGGUAGGAGAAGAGGAAGGUGAAAUUAGUAUGCUACGUCCCUUCUCUGGUGUUGAAAUUGAAUUACCCCAUCAAAAUAACACCGUAGAAUACGAUCGUUACCAGACUGACUUGAAGAUGUACUUUUUUAACAAGGCAGUUUUGUCCGCUAGUCCUUCUCAUACAUCUGACUACCUUCUCAUGGUCAUUGAAGGAGCAUUUAAGUUUUUAAGUUUCUGGAGACCAGGUGAUAUUAGAUGGACUAGAGUUACAUUGCAAGGAACCGAUCGCGUGCGUACGAUUUUUUAUGAUUUGAUAUAUUUUAAUGGCCAAAUAUAUGUUGUGGAUUAUUCCGGUGAUGUGAUAGUUUUUGAUGUUGUUGAUGUUGUUGGCACUCAACCCACUAAAUAUCAUAUCGUAGCAAACAUGCCACUUCCACCUUAA